GGGCCCACAGCCUCCUCUUUUCAGCUGCCUGACUGAGAACGUGACUGAGAAGUCAGCCAGCAGGUUCCUUUCCCUUCUGAGGACAGAAGGAGCUGAUGAACCGCUGUGGGGAGAUGCUGCACAUCCGCUACCGGCUGCUUCGCCAGGCGUUGGCGGAGUGCCUGGGGACCCUCAUCCUCGUGAUGUUUGGAUGUGGCUCCGUGGCCCAGGUGGUGCUCAGUAGGGGCACCCAUGGCGGUUUCCUCACGAUCAACUUGGCCUUUGGUUUUGCUGUUACCCUUGCCAUCCUUGUGGCUGGCCAGGUGUCUGGAGCCCACCUGAACCCUGCGGUGACCUUUGCCAUGUGUUUCCUGGCACGUGAGCCCUGGAUCAAGCUGCCCAUCUAUGCACUGGCUCAGACGUUGGGAGCCUUUUUGGGUGCUGGGAUCGUUUUUGGGCUGUACUAUGAUGCAAUCUGGGGCUUUGCCAACAACGAACUUAUCGUCUCCGGCCCCAAUGGCACAGCUGGCAUCUUUGCUACCUACCCUUCUGGACACUUGGACACGGUCAAUGGCUUCUUUGAUCAGUUUAUAGGCACAGCCUCCCUCAUUGUGUGUGUGCUGGCCAUUGUUGACCCCUACAACAACCCUGUCCCCCGUGGCCUGGAGGCCUUCACUGUGGGCCUUGUGGUCCUGGUCAUUGGCACCUCCAUGGGCUUCAACUCCGGCUAUGCUGUCAAUCCUGCCCGUGACUUUGGCCCUCGUCUUUUCACUGCCCUGGCUGGCUGGGGCUCAGAAGUCUUCACGACUGGCAAACACUGGUGGUGGGUACCUAUCGUCUCCCCACUUCUGGGGUCCAUUGCUGGUGUCUUCGUGUACCAGCUUAUGAUCGGUUGUCACCUGGAGCAGCCCCCACCCUCCACUGAGGCAGAGAAUGUGAAGCUGGCCCACAUGAAGCACAAGGAACAGAUCUGAGUGGGCAGCAACCAUCCCCCACUGCUUGCUCUCUUGAACAUCCAUUGACUGUGUGGGCCACUCCUUAAAAGCCCCCUUAUGAUCCUUCUCACAGGCUAAGAAGCUCUCUGUCGACCCCAUCCUACUGGAUGGCCCCCUCCAGGAUUUCCACUAGACUCUGUCCAUUAGGACUUUAGGCCCCCACCCUUAAGCAGUGGUGGGGUGUCAGUAGGACCAGACAUCCUUUUUGUUUCCCAAAGGAAGAGACUGUGCAGUGGUUUUUUGUGUGUGUGCAUGUGUGUAUGUGCAUGGUUUCCCAGACACUCAGGGCAAGGGACCAAGUUUUCAAAAAGGAUCUCAGCAGUUCAAGGGAGCCAGGGGAAAGGGAGAAGGUGAUAACAUCCAAUUGUGAGUGAGGAAAGCACCAGAGUGUGUUUUUCUCUACCCUUUGGGAAGGGAGUUGGGACAAGGGGGUGCCACAGCUCACUUAUGGAGCUACGGGAUCCCUGAGCAAGAGCUAUAUAAGGUGUUUCUCUUUCUAAGGUAGGCAUUGGGAGAGGGAUGAAGUCCAGGUCGUAAGUUUCAUGUUUUCUGGGUUUUGUUUUUGUUUUUAUUUUUUUAAAAAAUACAAGUAUGUAUAGAGAGAUGUUACAGUCUUAGGGAUAGAGGUAGGUGACUCUGCUUCAAAAAGGGUUUUCCUCCCUUUAGCCCUCUACUCAACAAUGUACUCUUGCCUUUUAUAAAAAAAUAAAAUAAAAUGUAUGCUAAAGCUUGCCUUUUAUAAAAAAAUAAAAUAAAAUG